AGGAACGUUUGUAGUGGAGCCGACGGUGCAUCGAGACUGAUAAGGAGUGUGAUGCUGUAGCAGCAAGCAACAAACCAGCUGAAAGCGCGAUGGAAACUCUGGCAUCGGGAGCCAAUGUAAACACAACGCAAUACUAUGAAAUUCUAGGGCUGCAGAAAGGAGAUGCAAACACGCCAGAUGAUAUCAAGAGAGCAUGGAAGAAAACAGCUUUGAGACUACAUCCUGACCGGAAUCGAGAUGAUCUGGAGGCUGAAAACAAGUUUAAGUUGGCGAAGGAUGCGUAUGACGUUCUUUCCGACCCUGAGAGAAAGCAAGUUUAUGACAAAUAUGGAGAAGAAGGGCUCAAGAUCAAGGAAGCAAUGGAUAACAUGGAUCCUGCCAUGGCCCUCUAUGCUCUUGGAAGUGCGAGUUCCGCAGCUCGUGGAAUGCUUGUGCUCUGCAUAUCUUUCUUUUGCUGUUUUCUUUUGCUGUUUCCUAUUUUCCUCACUGUUCGCAUUGAUGGAUCCUCCAAUAUGAAAUGGGCAGGCGUGUUUUCGCCUCUGUUUAUAGUCGUCGGUCUUUCGGUGUGUUGUUCAUUGCCUGCAGCACUGUCAUCAGAGCAGCAAGACAGCAGUGCCAUCGGCAGAGCAUACACUAGGUUCACUCCGCUGCUGUACUCUAUCUGCGUAUUGAUAUUCUUGUCCCUUCUGGCGAGUGCUCUUGAUGGCGAUCUCAACACAGGGAUCGGGCAGAUCUUCAUCCCGGUGUUCAUUAUGGAGGCGGUGGAAAUACUUGCUCUCACUUUUAGAGUGUCCAGAGCGGCAUAUGGCAAGUAUGAAGCAGAGAAGAAGUCGGGAAGUCCUGUACUCUCGUACUGGGAGUUUGUUGUGGACAAGUCUCUCUUCAAGAUCUUGCGGUUGAUUCAAUGGAUCUUGAUCGUUGCGAAGGUCUCGGGGUCUACAUCCUCAUCUUGGUGGGCCAUCCUCCUUCCUAUCUGGCUUUGGUUUGCGUACUACAUCUCGAUGAGGAUCGUAGUGAAAUCGUUUCGAAUCUUAUCCCUCGAGAAAAACCGCAAUCCAAAUCGUCCUCUCAGUGCAACAGACGAAGAUGAGCAUGAUUCUGGCAAAGAGAAUGUUUCUUCGAGAAUCUUUACCUUUGUUUGCUUUAUUCUGCCAAUCUUGAUUAUGUUUAUUCUCCUGGCAUCUCGUCUCUCGGGAUCAACGCUUGCGAAUCAUUCCUUUGCUGAAGUUCUUAUUCCUUUUUUCUUGCAAGCUGGCCUCAUUUUCUGUGCGAUCUCUUGCACGCUAAUGUGCCUGAGAAAACCAGAAACCGAUGCUGGAGGAGGGCAAGAAAAUCAGGAGGAAGACCCUGAAAGUGGUCAAACCAGACAGGAAGGGGAAUCGAAUGAUCACUACAACCUCGAUGCCGGCAGAGGCGAAGGAAUCCAGCCUGUGAGCGCGAACCAACAGGAUGUACAUAUAAGUUCAGACACGCAAAGAGAGGAUUCCGAAUUUGUUUCUAUUGGGAUUGAAGAGAAGUAAUUUCAAUCAUCUCAAUCUGUGUGUUGAGUAUCGACAGCAAAUAUCAUGAAUAUGGCAGUACAUUCAGAUCUGAGAGAUAAGUUGAGACUAACAAAAUGCUCUUGAACGAG